AUGUAUGAGCGCUGGUGCCCCCAGCGGGUGGAGCAGCAGGUGGACCGCGUGCUGUCCCCCCGCCAGGAGCUGGAGGUGGGCUGCUCCCAGGUGUACCAGUACAGCACCCAGGGGUGGCGGCUGGACGUGGAGCGCAUGCGCCUCCGACACGGGGGGGACGACGGGAUCGCGCGGUACUACCAGCAGCGGGGCCCCGGGGCCAACUGCUCCAUGUACAGGCCUCCAGCGGUCGAGAGCCAGAGGGUGAACAAGACGGUGCAGGGCUGCUGUGAGGGCUGGGGUGGUCCUCACUGUUCCCAGGGGACGGGGGUACGCGGCCACUGCUUCUCCACCUGGAGUUGUGAGGACUUCCCAGGGGUCCACAACUCGUCGCUGAUGUCCAUGGAGCAGUGCUGUGGGGGCUCCUGGGCUCUGAGCUGGCGCAACGCCUCAGACGCCGCCUGUCUGUCAUGUACCUACACCCUCCUGCCGGACUCCCAGUCCUCCCUGCUGGUGCGGGGGGGGCUGCUCGGCAGCACCAGGGACCCCCAGGGGUCCGCCACCUGUGUGACCUGGGGCGGGGCCCACUUCCGCUCCUUCGACAGGAAGCACUUUCACUUCCAGGGCAGCUGCACCUACGUGCUGGCGGCCUCCACCGAUGGCACCUGGGCUGUCUACGUCAGCACCAUCUGCGAGGGCGGAGGAGACUGCAGUAAGGCUCUCCGGAUGAUGCUUGGUUUGGACCUGGUGUCCGUCCGCCUCCGGAAUUUAACCCUCAACAACGUCCAGGUCGACCAGGGGGAACCCUUCUUCCAAAAUGGAGUCAGUGUCCAUUGGCUGGGGGACUUUGUGUUUGUGGAGAGCGGCCUGGGGGUCAGGGUGAAGUUUGAUCUGAACAACACGGUAUACCUGACGGUGACCGCUGAGCACAUGGCCACCACUAGGGGGCUCUGUGGGCUCUACAACAACAACGCUGAUGACGACUUCCGCACCAUGGCCGGAACGCUGUCCCAGUACGCUGCAAGCUUUGGAAACUCAUGGAAGGUUCCGGACCCGCAGAACCAGGGCUGCAGCGACGCGGCCGAGCUGGGCCACAGCUGUGACCUCACGGGGGAUGCCGCUCUGCGCAGGCAGGCGGAGGCUGAGUGCCAGCGCCUGAUGGAGAGCCCCUUCUCCCAGUGCCACCAGCGGGUGGAUCCGGCGGUCUACCUGGACACCUGCCUGUACCUGUACUGCAGCGUGGCCCCCCGGGGCCGGCCCGCCGCCGUGUGCGACACCCUGGCCAGCUACGCCCGCGAGUGUGCCCAGCAGCACCUGGUCACCCUCUGGAGGACGGCCGCCCUGUGUGGUCGGGUGUGUCCCAGGGGCCAGGUGUUCUCGGACUGCGUCUCCUCCUGCCCCCCCAGCUGCGCGGCCCCCCAGCCCCCCGGCCACGCGGCCGCCCUGGGCCAGUGCCGGGGGGAGUGCGUGGGGGGGUGCGAGUGCCCCCCGGGGCUCUACCUCCACCAGGGCCUCUGCAUGAGGAGGGCCGACUGCCCCUGCUUCCACAGAAGACUCACCUACCAGCCGGGGGCCACCAUCCAGAAGCAGUGCAACACCUGUGUGUGUAAGAACGGCCAGUGGCUGUGUACUGGGGAGCGCUGCGCUGCCCAGUGCAUGCUGAUGGGGGCGCUGCAGGUCACCACCUUUGACAGGAAGAGGUAUUCCCUUCAGGGCGGAGCCUGCUCCUUCACUGCUGUGGAGGACUUCGUGGACAGGAAGCUGGCGGUCAGCCUGCGGUGUGGAGACUGUGACUCGUGGAUGGGGGGAGGAAGAGGAAGAGGAGGAGGAGGAGGAGGGGGGCAGGGCUGUCUGAAGGAGCUGUCCGUCACAGCUCUCCGGACCACAGUCACCAUCACGGACACUGGCUCGGUGACGCUGAACGGGCAGAGGGAGGCGCUGCCGCUGGUCACGGCCGACCUGGUGGUGCGCCGGGCCUCCUCCUCCUUCCUCAUGGUGCAGACCUUCGGGGCCCAGCUGCUGUGGCACCUGGACGGACCGCUGGCCCUCAUCACCCUGCAGCCCGGCUUCGCCCACAAGGUGCGCGGCCUGUGUGGCACCCUGACCUGGGACCAGCACGACGACUUCACCACCCCCGAGGGCGACGUGGAGGCCAGCGUGUCGGCGUUCGCCGCCAAGUUCACGGCGCAGCGCUGCGACCUGCCGCCGGGGGGGGGCCCCGCGGCCCCCGACCCCUGCACCACCUACGCCCAGAGGAGGCCCCACGCAGACGCCCUGUGCUCCGUCAUCCACAGCCCCGUCUUCCAGGCGUGUCAUGACGUGGUGGAGCGGGAGCCGUACCUGCGGCUCUGCCAGACGGAGGUGUGCGGCUGUGAGCAGCAGGGGGCGUGUCACUGCACGGUCCUCACUGCCUACGCCCGCCACUGCGCCCAGGAGGGCGUGGCCAUCCCCUGGCGCAACCACACCUUCUGUCCCGUGCGGUGUUCCGGGGGCCAGGAGUACCAGGAGUGUGGCCGGGCGUGUGGCGGCUCGUGUUCGGACCUGCAGCGGGGCUGGAGCUGUGAUGAAGAGGAGGAUGAUGACGGCGGUGGCGGUGGCGGCGGUAGAGGAGGCGGGCGCACCACCCAGAGCUGUGUGCCGGGGUGCCAGUGUCCCCCGGGCCUGGCUGAGGACCCCUUGGGCCAGUGCGUGCCCCUCGCCAUGUGCCCCUGUGUGCAGGGAGACAGGACCCUCCAGCCCGGCGCCACCGUCCAAAUCAACUGCAACACCUGCGUGUGCGAGCUGGGCCGUCUGAACUGCACCUCGCGGCGCUGCGAGGAGCUGAACCAGUGCCCCGGCUCCCUGGUCUACUCCCCGCGCUCCUGCCUGCUCAGCUGCUCCAGCCUGGACCCCCCCGGCCAGCAGCAGGGGGGCCCGGCCCGGCCCGGCUGCCUGGAGCCCCUGGCGGGGUGCGUGUGUCCCCAGGGGGCCGUGCUGCUGGGCGACCGCUGCGUCCCGCCCGAGGACUGUCCCUGUCACCAUAACGGACGCCUCUACUUCACCAACGACACCAUCACCAAGGACUGCAACACCUGUGUGUGUAAGACCGCCGCUGGCUCCUGCGGCCAGGCGGUGUGCGGGGGUGUGUGCGUUGCCACGGGCGACCCCCACUACGUGACUUUCGACGGCCGCUGCUUCUCCUUCCUGGGCGACUGCCAGUACGUGCUGGCGCGGGAGACGGACGGCCUGUUCAGCGUGACGGCGGAGAACGUGCCCUGUGGCAGCACGGGGGUCACCUGCACCAAGUCGGUCACCCUCAGCCUGGGGAACACCGUCAUCCACCUGCUGAGAGGUAAAGCGGUGACGGUGAACGGCAUGCCAGUGACCCUGCCUCGGUCCUACAGUGGCAGCGGUCUGACCCUGGAGCGUGUGGGGCUGUUCGUCUCGCUGUCCUCCCGUCUGGGGGUCACGCUGCUCUGGGACGGAGGCAUGCGUGUGUACGUGCGCCUGGCGGCCCGCCUGCGGGGCCGGGUCGGGGGGCUCUGCGGGAACUUUGACGGGGACACGGAGAACGACUUCACCACCAGGCAAGGCAUCAUGGAGUCCACCGCCGAGCUGUUCGGAAACUCCUGGAAGGUCAGCCCCUCCUGCCCGGACGUGGCGGACCAGGACCUCCGGGACCCCUGCGCUCUGAACCCCCACAGGGUGCCGUGGGCCAGGAGGCGCUGUGGCCUGCUGACCCAGGAGCUGUUCUCCCCCUGCCACCCUGAGGUGCCCUUCCAGCAGUACUACGACUGGUGUGUCUUUGACGCCUGUGGCUGUGACUCGGGGGGCGACUGUGAGUGUCUGUGCACCGCCCUAGCAGCCUACACAGAGGAGUGCAACCGCAGAGGCGUGUACAUCCGCUGGCGUUCCCAGGAGCUGUGUCCCCUGCAGUGUGACAACGGUCUGGAGUACGAGCCCUGUGGUCCGGCCUGCCCCAGCUCCUGUCCCGCCAGUGAGCCCUGCUCUGAGGCCAGCGGAGGGGCUCUGUACUGCGUGGAGGGCUGCUUCUGCCCCCCUGGCACCGUCCAGAACGGCGAAGGCUGCGUGACCCGCUCCCAGUGCCCCUGCCAGUGGGAGGGCUCUGUGUUCCCCCCUGGAGCCACCGUCACCCAGCACUGCCAGAACUGCACCUGUGAGGACGGCGUGUGGAGCUGCGGGGGCGUGGCCUGCCCCUCCCCCCUGUGCGAGGAGGGGGAGUUCCGGUGCGCGGGGGGCCGCUGCGUCCCCCCCCAGUGGCUGUGUGACAACGAGGACGACUGUGGGGACGGCUCCGACGAGCUGUGCCCCUCCACCUGCCGCCCCGACCAGUUCCGCUGCGCGGCCACCCCGAGCGGGCCCUGUCUGGACCCGGCCCGGCGCUGCGACGGCCACGCCGACUGCGUGGACCAAUCGGACGAGGAGUUCUGUGGGCCGGCCACGGCGCCGCCCCUCUGCCCGCCGGGGGAGUUCCAGUGCGCCAGCGGGCGGUGCCUCGCCUACAGCCGCGUGUGUGACGGGCGGACGGACUGCGGCUUCGCAGACGCCUCGGACGAGCAAGCCUGUGGCGUGGUGUGCGGCGAGGGGGAGUUCCUGUGUGCAGGCGGUCGCUGUAUCCUCUACUUCCACCGAUGUGACGGACAUGACGACUGUGGAGACCUCAGCGAUGAGAGGGGGUGUGUGUGCAGCCCAGCAGAGAUGCAGUGCCCAGGAGGCCGCUGCCUGCCCGCGGACCGGGUGUGUGACGGACACAGGGACUGCCCGUCGGGCGUCGACGAAGCCCUCUGUCCCAGCAGAGUGACGUGCUCCCCGGGACAGUUCUCCUGCUCCGACGGCACCUGCCUGGACGCCGCGCGGCUGUGUGACGGAAGGAAGGACUGUCCGGACGCGGAGGACGAGGACGCGAACAACUGCCGUUCGGUCGCCGUGGCGACGACGCCCCCACCGCCACCCCUCGCCCCGACGACGCCCUCAUUAGUCUGCAGGUCCAAUGAGUUUGGCUGUGGGACCGUGGGUCAGUGCGUCCCCGUGGCGUGGCGCUGCGACGGGGAGACGGACUGCAUGGACGGCAGUGACGAGCAGGGCUGCCCCGCGGGGCCCUGCGGCCCCGGGCGGGAGGCCUGCCUCAGCGGGGGGCAGUGCCUGGACCACCGGCAGCUCUGUGACGGGGUCCCGCACUGCGCCGACGCCUCGGACGAGAACGUGGACAACUGUGGCUCCGCCCGGAUCCCGCCCUGCCCAGGCAGCUUCUCCUGUGACAACCACACCUGUGUGAACGCAUCGCAGGUGUGCAACGGAGUGGCAGACUGUCCCCAGGGAGACGAUGAGCUGCUCUGUGACAAGGCCACGACCCCUGCCCCCCCAGGGGAGAGGAACACCUCCCUCUCCUGCCCCGAGUUCACCUGCGGGGACGGAUCCUGCGUCUCCUUCCAGACGGUGUGUAACGGAGUGGCCGACUGCCCAGACCCCUCGCCCCCCCCCCAGCCCGGUGGGGGGGAACCCAGCGACGAGCUGCACUGCAGGACCUGGGCUCCUUGGGGGGCCUGGGGCCCCUGCAGCACCACCUGUGGGACGGGCUCCGAGAGCCGGCAGAGGGCCUGUCCCCUGGGGGACCCGCUGCGGAGAUGCCGGGGCCCGGGGGUCCAGAGGCAGCAGUGCUUCAACACCACCUGUCCAGUGGACGGCCGCUGGCUGCCGUGGGUGACCUGGUCCAACUGCUCGCGGGGCUGCGGGGGGGUGGAGGUGAGGCACCGGGGCUGCGCUCCACCUCUAUACGGGGGGACCGAGUGCGCCCUGCUGCCCGGGGAGUCCAACCUGGCCAUGGAGAUCAAGCCGUGCCCGGAGAACGCCACCUGCGUGAACCGCACCUGUCCCGCCGGCCUGGUGAGGCUCAGCUGCGGGCCCUGCCCCCUGUCCUGCAGCCACGUCACCACCGGGACGCCCUGCCCCCCGGACGACCGCUGCUUCUCAGGGUGCUGGUGUCCAGAGGGCCAGGUGAUGGGCCCCAACCAGCAGUGUGUGGCGCCGGGGGAGUGUCCCUGCCAGGUGGGCGGGGCCCGCUACUGGCCAGGGCAGCAGGUGAAGGUGGACUGUGAGGUCUGCGUGUGUGAGGGAGGACGGCCUCAACGCUGCCAGCUCAACACGGAGUGCUCAGUGCAUUGUGGGUGGUCCUCCUGGUCCGAGUGGGGGGAGUGUCUUGGACCGUGCGGGGUCCAGAGUGUGCAGUGGUCCUUCAGGAGCCCCAACAACCCCAUGAAGCGCGGAGACGGACGCACCUGCAGGGGCAUCUACCGCAAGGCCAGGAGGUGUCAGACGGACCCGUGUGAGGAGUGCGAGCACCAGCGUCAGUCCCACGCCGUGGGGGACGUGUGGGGGGCGGGCGGCUGCCAGCUGUGCCAGUGUUUCGCUAACCUCAUGGUGCGCUGCGCCCCCUACUGCCCGCACGCCGCCGCCGGCUGCCCACCGGGCAUGACUCUGGUGCCAGCAGAAGGGGACAGGUGUUGCUACUGCGAAGGUACAGGGGACAACGCUAAUGUCACUCAGACAACCAUGAGCCCGUUUACAGUCUCCUACACGCCAGGAGGGGGAGACAAACCCUCAGUGCCGACCUACCCUAUUCCUCCUGGGAGUGAGUGCUGGUCUCCUCUGGGCGUCCAGUCCCUGCCGGCCUCCAGCUUCACGGCCUCGUCCCAGCAGGCUGCCCAUCCUGCUGGGGCCGCCCGCCUCUACGGCCGGGACCCCCGCACAGACCUCCAGGGCUGGAGCCCGGAGCCGGAGGAGUACCGGGACCUGCCCCAGAGGAACCGCCUGGACCGGGCCGGGCCCCAGCAGAACCCGUACCUGCAGAUAGACCUGCUGCAGCCCUACAACAUCACCGGUGUGCUGACUCAGGGCGGGGGUGUGUUUGACACCUACGUCUCCAGCUUCUACCUGCAGUUCAGCGUGAGCGGCGGUCAGUGGUACACGUACAGCGACCUCACCACAGACGCCCGGCCCAAAGCCAAGGUAACCACCACGCUACCGUCAUCACUGGGAUGCUCCACGGCCGCGCCGACCGUGAGCACCGUGCGCCCCCUGGUGCCCAGCCCCUGCUCUGCCAAGCAGUUCUCCUGCGCCAGCGGGGAGUGCGUUCAUCUGGGCCGCCGGUGUGACCUCCACAGGGACUGUGCGGACGGCUCGGACGAGCUGCACUGCGUGGACUGCAUCACGUCGUCCUGGACGUCGUGGAGCCGCUGCAGCGUGUCCUGCGGGCUGGGCUCCCUGUUCCGCCAGCGGGACGUCCUGAGAGAGGCGCUCCCCGGGGGGGCCUGUGGGGGGGCCCAGUUUGACAGCCGGGCCUGCUUCCCCCGGGCCUGUCCAGCGGACGGCCACUGGUCGGAGUGGACGGCGUGGUCGGCGUGUGACGCCACAUGCGGGGGCGGAGUCCGGACCAGGAGGCGGUCCUGCUCGGCCCCGCCCCCUAAGAACGGGGGGCGGGACUGCGAGGGCAUGACCCUGCAGACCCAGAGCUGCAACGCCACGCCCUGCGGAACCGGGACCGACACACAGUCAGGCUGUGCCCACGGCAUGAUACUGGUGACAGAGGCCGACUGUCUGGCAGGGAGGGUGGAGGACUGCCCCCCCACCUGCUCUCACCUCAGCCAGACCUCCAACUGCACCGGCAGCUGUGUUCCAGGCUGUCGGUGCCCAGAGGACCGGUACCUCCAGGGGGGUCGUUGUGUGAACGCCAGCCAGUGUGGCUGUGUCUGGGACGGGGACACCCUGCGGCCGGGACAGAACUUCUCCCAGGACCCCUGCACCACCUGCGUGUGCAGAAACGGACAAGUCACCUGCGACAACUCCAGCUGUGUGGCGAGCUGUGAUUGGUCGGGCUGGUCGUCGUGGUCACUGUGUGACGUGACGUGUGGUGCAGGAAUACAACAGCGCUUCAGGUCCCCAGGUCACCACGGGGGUCCCAGCGGGGCCCGGUCCUGCCAGGGGGAUUCCACAGAGGCCCGCCAGUGCUUCAGACCCUGCCUCCCUGCGACGGCCGAGGGCCGGUGGAGCCGCUGGACGGCGUGGUCCGAGUGCAGCAGGACCUGCUUCCAGGACGUCGACCAGGUGGGCCUCCGCCGGCGCUUCCGCACCUGCCACCGCCAGGAGGCCUGCAGCGGGGAGGGAGAGGAGCAGGAGCCCUGUAACACUGUACAGUGUCCGGUGAGCGGGGGCUGGUCGCCGUGGUCCUCCUGGUCCCAGUGCUCGGCCGACUGUGACUCCGGUGUGCAGACCAGAGGCCGCCGCUGCAGUUCCCCUCCGCCCCAGCACGGGGGCAGCAGCUGCCCCGGCCCCCACAUCCAGACCCGGGACUGCAACUCUGCGCCCUGCUCAGGCAUGUGUCCGGAGGGCAUGGUCUUCCUGUCGGAGGCGGACUGCGAGGCGCGGGGCGGGGCGUGUCCCCGGGCGUGUCUGGACAUGACCCCGGCGGAGGUGCAGUGCGCCACCAGCUGCUACGCGGGCUGCCACUGCGCCGCCGGCCUCUUCCUGCUCAACGGGAGCUGCGUGGCCCAGGCCCGCUGCCCCUGCUACCACCAGGGGGCGCUGCACCCCCCCGGGGCCUCGCUGCCCGCCGACGCCUGCAAUAACUGCACCUGCCUGGACGGAGAGAUGCAUUGUGGGGCAGAACCAUGUCCUGUGGACUGCGGCUGGAGCGCGUGGACCCAGUGGAGCGCGUGCAGCCGUACGUGCGACGUGGGCGUGAGGAGGCGGUUCCGCUCGGGAACCAACCCCCCCGCCCUGCUGGGGGGCCGGCCCUGCAAGGGGGACCGGGUGGGCAUGGACACCUGCAGCGUCGAGCCCUGCUUCAGUGUGAUGGAGCCGUGGGGGGCGUGGUCAGCGUGCUCCGUCACCUGCGGCGGGGGCUACCGGAGCAGAACCCGCGGACCAAUCAGGACCCACGGCACCGCGCAGGGCUUCAGCGCCUGCAGCCUGCAGCCCUGUGGUGGCGGUCGGGUGUGUCCCCCGGGCCAGGGGUGGCAGCAGUGUGUCAGGGGAGAGGUGUCGUGUGAGGACGUCACCAUGGCGCUCAGCAGGAACUGCACCCCCGGCUGCCAGUGUCCAGACGGGACGGUCCUGCAGGACGGUGUGUGCGUGACGAGGGCGGAUUGUCGCUGUGACGUGGACGGGGAGCAGCACCUCCCAGGAGACGCCGUCACCAGAGGCUGCAACAACUGCACGUGCGAAGCAGGGAGGCUGACCAACUGCACCCAGCUCAGCUGUGACGUGGACGGCCAGUGGUCGCUGUGGACCCCCUGGGGUCAGUGUUCGGUGUCGUGCGGGGCAGGGCUCCAGUCCCGGUAUCGCUUCUGCUCCGCCCCCCGGCGGUCAGGCAGCGGACUGCCCUGCCUGGGAGACCACCGCAAGGACCAGGCCUGCGUGGGCCCCCCCUGCGACCGUGAUGGCGGCUGGGGCCAGUGGAACAACUGGACGGACUGCACCAAGUCCUGCGGCGGGGGUGUCCAGAGCCGGAGGAGAGAGUGUGACAGUCCCGCUCCGGAGGGGGAGGGGGACUACUGCGAGGGCCUGGGCACGGAAGUCACGGCCUGUAGCACCCUCCACUGCCCAGUGGCCCCGUGCUCCACCAUCCCAGGUACGGUGUUCAGCAGCUGUGGCCCCUCCUGUCCUCGAACCUGUGAUGACGUGACCCACUGUGAUUGGAGCUGCGAGGCGGGCUGCUACUGCACGGAGAGGAAGGUCCUGUCGUCCAACGGGACUGUGUGCGUGGGCCGCGAGGCCUGUCCCUGCCUGGACCUGAGCACGGGGCAGCGCCUGGAGGCGGGGGCCACCAGCCUGGCCCCCGACGGCUGCAACAACUGUACCUGUGAAGGAGGAAGGCUGAACUGCACCAGUGAGCCCUGUCCAGUGGCCGGGGACUGGUGCCAGUGGUCCCAGUGGACCCCCUGCUCCCGGACCUGUGGGGCGGAGUGGGUGACCCGCUACAGGGCCUGCAGCUGUCCCGAGCCCAGGGAGGGGGGCGCCGGCUGCCCCGGGGUACAGGAGGUCCACAACGGGGUGGGGGUCCAGGUCCAGAGGCAGCCCUGCCCGGUGAUCUCCUUCUGCCCAGUGCACGGCUCCUGGGGGCCCUGGGCCCCGUGGUCUGAGUGUGACGCCUGCGUCGGGGCCACCAGCCGGACCAGGGAGUGCAGCAGCCCCCCCGCCCGCUUCGGGGGGCUGCCCUGCCACGGCGUCGGCAGGCAGAGGCGCGGCUGCCAUGACAACCACACCAUCUGCUCAGACUGCGGGGGGGGUCAGGAGGACUGGCCCUGUGGUAAGCCCUGCCCGCGCUCCUGCUCCGAUCUCCACGGCGACACAGAGUGCAUGGACUCCCCCGCCUGCAGCCCGACCUGCGGUUGCCCCGGUGACCAGGUCCUGCAGGACGGGGUGUGCACCCCCAGGGAAGAAUGCCGCUGCAAACACCACGACAGCACGUCUGCUGGCGGCAAUGAUGCCAGCAAUGCAUCAUGGGUAUGGCCCGGGCCUUCUGAUUGGCUGUACAUCAAACCAGGGGAAACCAUCACUAGUGACUGUAAAAACUGUUCCUGCGAGGCCGGGGUGCUCCAGUGUCAAACGGUGGACGGUUGCCGUGUCGACGGAGGCUGGAGCCAAUGGGCAGCCUGGUCCGAGUGCUCGUUGCCGUGUGGAGGCGGGGCCAAGCUCAGGCAACCAGGGGGCUGUGCGGGCGUGGCCGAGCAGCAGAAGGACUGCAACGCACAGAACUGCACAGACUCGGCGGGGGGCUGGCUGCCCUGGUCCCCGUGGGCCCCCUGCUCCGUCAGCUGUGGCGGAGGUGAGCAGUACCGCACGCGCCGCUGCGCCUCGCCGCCCUGCAGCGGCCUCCACAGGCAGAGCAAGACCUGCAACACCCAGGUCUGCCUCGAGGUGGGCUGCCCCCCGGGCCGGCUGUACCGGGAGUGCGAGCGGGGGGAGGACUGUCCCUUCAGCUGCUCCCAGGUCAGCGGGCGGGAGGGCUGCUACUCCGACGGCUGUGAGGAGGGCUGCCACUGCCCCCCCCACACCUACCAGCACCGCGGCCUCUGUCUGCAGGAGUGCCCAUGUCUGGUGGACACCGAGCUGCUGACCUCCAUAGAGAGCGUUUCCGUGACGCCCCUCUCCUCUCUGCUCCUCUACAACGUCUCGGAGGGGGAGGAGCUCCCGCCCGGCAGCACCCUGCAGCACGACUGCAGCUCCUGCUCCUGUGAGCACGGCCUGUGGGACUGCUCCCUGGCCCACUGCCCCCUGGACGGGGGCCUGGCGCCCUGGGCCCCCUGGAGCCCCUGCUCCCUGUCCUGCGGGGGCCUGGGUCUGAAGAGCCGGUCGCGGGGCUGCACCAAGCCCCCCCCCGCCCACGGAGGACGGGACUGCCAUGGGGUCCGUCUGGAGAACACCUACUGCCAGGCGCCGGACUGCCCCGUGCUCGUCGGUCCUACAGAAGCCCCCAGCACACCAGACGACGACGCGGGCUUCUCCCCCUGGUCCUCCUGGAGCCCCUGCAGCCGGACCUGCAGUGACGCCCACACCCCCGCCACCAAGACCCGCCAGCGCCGCUGCGUCAGCCCGCCCUGCUCCGGGGCCCCCCACCAGGAGAAGGCCUGCAACCUGCCCCAGUGCCCAGACGGCGGGGCCGUGUGCGAGGGGGAGGGCUGCGUUAGCAGGAACUGCUCCUGGACGGUCUGGGCCCCGUGGGUGACCUGCUCGCGUUCCUGCGGCGUGGGCCAGCAGCUCAGGCUGAGGACCUUCGUGGCCCCGGGGCCCGGCGGGGCCUGGUGCCACGACAUCCUGGACGGGAACCAGGAGCAGCGCUUCUGCAACAUCCGGCCCUGCAGAGUGGACGGGGGGUGGUCCCGCUGGAGCCCCUGGUCCCGCUGUGAUAAGGUGUGUGGUGGGGGGCGCUCCAUACGCACCCGGUCCUGCUCCAGCCCCCCGCCCAAGAACGGAGGCCUCAAGUGUGAGGGGGAGAAGAACCAGGUGAAGCCCUGCAGCACCAAGCCCUGUGAAGAGAAGGGCUGUCCUCCUGGCCAGGAGGUGGCGCUGUGUGCCAACCAGUGUCCCCAGCGCUGCUCGGACCUGCAGCAGGGCAUCGAGUGCCAUGGCAACGCAGAGUGUCAGCCCGGAUGCCGCUGCCCCAAAGGCCAGCUGCAGCAGGAGGGUGUGUGUGUGCAGCUGUGGCAGUGUGACUGCGUGGACUCUCUGGGUCAGACCUGGGCAGCCGGCAGCUCCCACCAGGUCUCCUGCAACAACUGCAGCUGCUCCGACGGACAGCUGCUCUGCACCAAUCACAGCUGCGAGGACGCCUGCUCCUGGAGCUCCUGGUCCAACUGGGCCUCCUGUAGCACUUCCUGUGGGCGGGGCCAGAGAACACGAUACAGGUCCAUGACCCCUGAGACCCCCGGGGCCAGCUGCCAGUUUGAGGAGGUCCAGCAUAAGUCAUGUGACCCGGGGCCGUGCCCGCGCCUCUGUGUCCAUGACGACCAGGACCUCUGGGUGGGAGACACAUGGCUGCAGGGGGAGUGUCAGCAAUGCACCUGCACCCCGGAGGGAGAAUACUGCCAGGAGAUCGAGUGCAGAGUGGACGGGGGCUGGACGCCGUGGUCGGUGUGGGCCGACUGCCCGGUGACCUGCGGACAGGGUACACAGGUUCGAUCCCGCGCCUGCGUCAACCCCCCCCCGCGCAACAACGGCUCCCACUGCGGGGGUCCGGAGCGAGAGGUCCAGGACUGCAGAGCCCCCCCGUGUCUGGACGACCUUUGCCCCUGGUCGCCGUGGUCGCCGUGCUCCCGCAGCUGUGGGGCGGGCUCUGCGCUGCGGCGGCGUGGCUGCGUGUGCGAGGAGGCGGGGGACGCAGCCUGCCCCCCCGAGGUGGAGGCAGAGCGGGGCGUGGAGGAGACCCAGCUGUGCUACAGGCGGCCCUGCCCAGGCUGUCCAAUGUCGGAGUGGAGUGAGUGGUCACUGUGUUCCUGCGAGUCUCAGAGACAGCAGCGCCAUCGCGUGGCUCUCUCCCCGGCCACCAGGGGGCAGCAAUGCUCUCCUGUGGAAACCCAGAGCAGAGCCUGCAACCUCAGCCUCUGUGACAGCUGCGACGCACCCUUCCUCUACUCGGAGUGUGGCGCCCCCUGUGAGCAGCAGUGUGCGCUGCGGGGCCGUCCGGAGCUGUGUCUGGGGGCGGGGGGGUGCACCCCUGGGUGCUACUGCCCGCAGGGGCUGCUGCAGCACAACGGUAGCUGUGUUCCUCCGGAGGCCUGUGGCUGUGUCCACCUCCAGCAGGACGGCCCCGACCGGCCCCCCACGCCCAUCACCGUCCCCCAGGGAGAGACCCUCGCCGUGGGCUGCAGCACCUGCUUUUGCCAUGAGGGGAUUCUGCAGUGUGACAUGAGAGAGUGUGAAGUCAUUCUCAGCGAGUGGUCGGCGUGGACCCCCUGCUCUCCGUGCAAGCUGUCCCCUGCGGGGCCCGAGGGGCCCGGCCCGGUGUCCCUGCAGCGGCGCUACCGGGCCUGCCUGGACCUGGACUCGGGCCUCCCCGUGCCUGAGGAGGAGCAGCAGGGCCAGUGUCCCGGGCCGCUCAGCCAGGAGCGGGCCUGCCCGGACCCCGCGGUGUGCCGAGACGUGUGUGUGUGGAGAGCGUGGGGGGCCUGGGGGGCCUGCACCCAGCCCUGCAGUGGAGGCUUCAGGCAACGCCACAGGCAGCCUCUCGCCCCCUCCCCAGGACCCCACUGCAGGAGGCAGCAGACCCAGAGCCAGAGCUGCAACACAGGCCUCUGCCCAGGUGAGCGCUGCGAGGACCGGGGGCGGACCUACCAAGAGGGCUGUGCCAAUCAGUGUCCCCGCAGCUGCACCGACCUAUGGGAGCACGUGCAGUGUCUACAGGGAGCCUGUCACUCAGGAUGCCGCUGUCCAGAGGGCCAGCUGCUGCAGGACGGAGAGUGCGUCCCGCUGGCUGACUGCCGCUGCGGCUUGCCGUCGGGCAACGGCAGCCUGGAGUUCAACCCGGGGGAGAACGCCACGCUGGACUGUAACGACUGUGUGUGUGAGAACAGCCGUCUGGUCUGCACCAAGCAUCUCUGCCCCGCCUACCAGCCCUGGAGCCAAUGGAGCGUCUGCUCUGCCUCAUGUGGGCGUGGCCAGAGGACGAGGACACGCCCCUGCCUGGAGCAAGAGGGCGGGGUUCCCUGCGGGGACACGGAGCAGACGGACAGCUGCCUGCUGCCGGCCUGCCCAGCCGACUGUGAGCUGAGUGAGUGGUCCUCGUGGAGCGAGUGCAGCGCCUCGUGUGGCGGGGGGGUGUCGGUGCGGAACAAGACGCUGGUGCAGGAGGCGGAGCCCGGGGGGCGGGCCUGCAGCCCACCGCUGGAGCAGCGCACCGUCUGUAACACCAGCAGCUGCCUGCCUGAGUGUCCCCGUGGCGAGGUGUUCAGUGUGUGUGCCGGCUCGUGUCCACACGCCUGCGAGGACCUGUGGCCCCAGAGCCAGUGUGUGGCGGGCCCCUGCACCCCGGGCUGCUCCUGCCCCCCAGGACAGGUGCUGUACGGGGGCUCCUGCGUGUCCCGGGACGACUGCCCCUGCUCGCCCCUCGCUCUCCUGCGUGGGAACCACGAGCUGAACUCCAGCGCCGAGGAGAGCGGCCCGGAGGCCCCGGUGCCCCCCGGCUCCACCAUCAAGCACCUCUGUAACACCUGGCCUGUCUGUGGUGCGUCCUGUCUGUGGUACGUCAUGUCUGUGGUGAACAUCUCUGUGUUCGUGGGCUGA